AUGGCCACCCCAGCUCUUCCAUCACAUCCAGGCCCGGAUCACCUCGUUACUGUCAAAGUGCUCUUCAAUGACAGUAAUCGGCGAUUCAAGCUUCCGUUGAGAGAUCUUCGGGCUCAAGUGUUCCCGCAGAAGCUCCGCACUUUGCUCGGCGUUCCGGCGGAUGUUAACGUCAUCCUUGAACGCUAUUCCGACAGCGCCGGUUGCUACAUUCACCUAGACAGCGACAACCAAGGGGUCUACAAACAACUUUACCGAGCAGGCAAAGCCAAAUCCAAGCUUCGCAUUAAGGCCAGCACCGUCGAUUCAUCAGUGCCUGCGCUUACGGAGACCUCGGCUGAACCCGUGAAUCAGAACCCUCCGAGACACAGCUACCUGGAAACUGUCUUAAGCUCCCCCAUCCCUGCUGGCUCCACUGAGACUCUUCCUACCGCUAUUCCUUCACCACCUGCUCCCAUUGACCCCACUGUUGCCUCCGGUGGGUCCCUACCGACUGCAGUGUACGGAAGGAAGGAACUUGCGAACACAAGCGAGCCUCAAUACCGCAACUUCGAGAUGGAGAACGACACACUUCGCUUCCCAGUUAUCUCUCACAACUCCCCUAGCGGGAUGUUCUGCAUUGAUUGCAACAACUGUGGUCGCUCGAUUGCCAAUGAACACUUCCACUGUGGUAUCUGCGAGAACGGCGAUUACGACCUGUGUCCCGCGUGUGUUGCGAACGGUGCUUUGUGCCGUGGAGAAGGCCACUGGCUUAUCAAACGCUCGGUCGAAAAUGGAAUCGUGACCAAUAGUACUACUGAAACCAUUCCCCCUCAUCAACCACAGGUCCAGGCGACCAAGCCGCUUGUCUCUCGGCCAGCACAGAAGCCAAUCACCGAGACAGUAGCGCCAGCUCCUGCCCCAGUCUCUACGCCUGCUUCUGUUUCUCGUAAGGAGGUGAUCCCUCAAGAGGAGAAGCCCAUGUGCAACGGAUGUUGUCGUGAGACUGAUGAGAGUAACCUGGUGCGUUGCAGUCAAUGCGAAGAUUACGAUCUGUGCCUCCGUUGCCUCCUAAGGAACAAGCAUGGUCACCAUCCUGCUCAUUCAUUCUCGCUUGGGUCGGAUCGCAACUUCUGUUUGAAGAACUUGAUCUUGUCUCGCUGCCUUCCUGGUCGUCAGUUCCAGCAUGCAGCUAUCUGUGAUGGCUGUGAGAAGAACAUUGUUGGCACCCGCCACAAGUGUCUCGAUUGCCCUGAUUGGGACUACUGUCCGGAGUGUAUCGUGAAUGCUUCCCAGAGCCAUCCCAGGCACCGAUUUGCCCCGGUGUAUGAGGCCCUUGCCGAGCAACAGUCUCAUGAUUGGGAGAUCCAUUACGGCAUCUUCUGUGAUGGACCUCUAUGCAAAGACAAGCCUGCCCAGAGCUAUAUCAAUGGUAUUCGCUACAAGUGUGCCGUCUGCGACGACAUUGAUUUCUGCGCCAACUGCGAGGCUCUUCCAACCCAUACCCAUAACCGAACCCACCCAUUGGUGAAGUUCAGGACUCCUGUUCGCACUGUGACCGUAAGUACUGUCACUGACGACCUUACCUUGGGUGAUCAAACUGCUGCUCCUGUGUACUCCCCUGUCCAGUCUUCAGUCUCCAACUGUACCGCCGAGACUUCCGAAGAGAAGGAGCCUGUUGUGGAGCAGGCGCCUGUGGAGGUUGAUGCGACCAAACCUGAGGCCCCCUGCUCCGCCGAAUUGGCUGACUUCCAGGCGUAUUUCAUGCGCGAUACUAUCGCUGAUGGCACCAAGUUGCCUCCCGACACAUGCUUCCGUCAGACAUGGACCCUUUACAACCCCGGACCCAACGCUUGGCCGGUGGGUAGCGACGUUCGCUUCUCUGGUGGAGAUGCCAUGUUCAACGUCGACUCGGAUCACCCCUCAGAUGUCGAAUCCAUCCACUUGGCAAUGAAGAGCAACAGUCUGACUACUCCUGUGGAGCCUGGCAGUACAGCCGACUUUACUGUGAACCUCCGAAGCUCCCAGCGUGAAGGCACUGCCAUCUCGUACUGGCGUCUCAAGCUGCCCAACGGUGCUCCCAUUGGCCACCGUCUCUGGUGCGAUAUUCAAGUCCAGGCAACUGCUGAACCUUUCAUGGCUGAGUCCGUGGAAUCCCACACCAAUGACACCGAGGUCACUGGUAGCCGUAUGAUCUUUCCCAAGUUGGAGAAAGAGUCUCCUGAAACCAGCACUCAUGAGGCUGUAACUGCCGUCCGCCCUCCGCCCACUGUUUCGACGGCUUCGGAAGGAGAUAUUCUCGAGGAUGUCGAGAGCCUCACCCUUGACGAAAAUGAUACUGACGCCGGUUUCCUGACCGACGAGGAGUACGAUGUUCUCGAUGCUAGCGACCAGGAGUUCCUGGAGGCGAAGCAGUCCAUGCGGUAG